GGGUCAUGUGGACGCCUCGACUUCCUGCACUCUAUAGGUUCCACAGUGGGUCGGAACCGGUCCCCAUGCCGUACUGUGGGGUGUCUGCGGCCUUUGGGUUGAAAUCAUAUGUGUAGUUUUAUGUACUGCUGUAAUCCCAUAAAGAAAUUUUAAUUUAAGACUAAGAUGGUCAUAAACUGAUUGUGAAGACUGCAGAGACUUGCAAUCCAGUCAUAGAAGUUUAAUAAAGAAACAUUGGUCCUCAUGGAAGAAGAGCAAGAUUUACCAGAGCAACCGGUGAAAAAAGCCAAGAUGCAGGAGCCAGGAGAGCAGUCUUUAAGUCAAGUAAACAACCCGGAUGUCAGUGAUCAGAAACCUGAAACAUCAAAUCUUGCUUCAAACCUUAGCAUGUCAGAGGAAAUUAUGACAUGCACCGAUUACAUCCCUCGCUCAUCUAAUGAUUAUACCUCACAAAUGUAUUCUGCAAAACCUUAUGCACAUAUCCUCUCAGUUCCUGUUUCGGAAACUGCUUACCCUGGACAGACUCAGUACCAGACACUACAGCAGUCUCAACCCUAUGCUGUCUAUCCUCAGGCAACCCAAACAUACGGACUACCUCCUUUUGGUGCAUUGUGGCCAGGUAUGAAACCUGAAAGUGGUUUAAUUCAGACUCCAUCUCCAAGUCAACACAGUGUUCUUACCUGCACUACAGGGUUAACCACAAGCCAGCCAAGCCCAGCACAUUAUUCUUAUCCCAUUCAAGCUUCAAGCACAAACGCCAGCCUGAUACCCACUUCAUCUGCAAUUGCCAAUAUCCCAGCAGCUGCAGUGGCCAGCAUCUCAAACCAGGACUAUCCCACCUACACAAUUCUUGGGCAGAAUCAGUACCAGGCCUGCUACCCCAGCUCCGGUUUUGGAGUCACAGGCCAGACUAACAGUGAUGCUGAGACUACCACAUUAGCAGCUACCACAUACCAGACAGAGAAGCCGAAUGCUAUGGUGCCCGCACCAGCAACACAGAGACUUUCCUCUGCAGACCCUUCUACAAGCCCAUCUUUGUCCCAGACUACACCAAAUAAAGAUGCUGAUGAUCAGUCCAGGAAAAACAUGACCGGCAAGAACCGGGGCAAGAGGAAAGCUGAUGCCAGCUCCUCCCAGGACAGUGAACUAGAACGGGUAUUUCUGUGGGACUUGGAUGAAACCAUCAUCAUAUUCCAUUCCCUUCUUACUGGAUCCUAUGCCCAGAAGUAUGGAAAGGACCCUACAGUAGUGAUUGGCUCAGGUUUAACAAUGGAAGAAAUGAUUUUUGAAGUGGCUGAUACACACCUAUUUUUCAAUGACUUAGAGGAGUGUGACCAGGUGCAUGUGGAAGAUGUGGCUUCUGAUGACAAUGGCCAGGAUUUGAGCAACUACAGUUUCUCAACAGAUGGUUUCAGCAGCUCAGGAGGCAGUGGUAGCCAUGGUUCAUCUGUGGGUGUUCAGGGAGGAGUGGACUGGAUGAGGAAACUGGCUUUCCGCUACCGAAAAGUGAGAGAGAUCUAUGACAAGCAUAAAAGCAACGUGGGUGGCCUCCUCAGCCCCCAGAGAAAGGAAGCCCUGCAGAGACUAAGAGCCGAAAUCGAAGUUCUAACAGAUUCCUGGUUGGGAACUGCUUUGAAGUCCUUGCUUCUCAUCCAGUCCAGAAAGAAUUGUGUGAAUGUUCUGAUCACUACCACCCAGCUGGUUCCAGCCCUGGCCAAGGUUCUUCUGUAUGGACUAGGAGAGAUAUUUCCUAUUGAAAACAUCUAUAGUGCUACCAAAAUUGGUAAGGAGAGCUGCUUUGAGAGAAUUGUCUCAAGGUUUGGAAAGAAAGUCACAUAUGUAGUGAUUGGAGAUGGACGAGAUGAAGAAAUUGCAGCCAAACAGCACAACAUGCCCUUCUGGAGGAUCACAAACCACGGGGAUCUAGUGUCCCUUCACCAGGCUUUGGAGCUUGACUUUCUCUAAGAACUGGAAUGUGGAGCCUUCCUUGUGAGCUCCUCUUCGCUUCCGAAAGGAGCCAGAGGCCAGAACCAACUGAGAACUCUCUCUCCUGUAUGUCUCGGUCUUUCUUUGUGUGUGUCUCAGUGUCUCUCUGUCCGUCUCUGUCUCUGUGUCUCUGGAAUGCUGGCGAGAACACAAUCAGAACCAACAGCUGCAAUUUCUGCUGAGUGAGCUGCUGCCAGGGUCCACUGUUGUGCAGAACUAGGAGGCCAUUGAUAGAACAGUAGACUCCCUACAGCUCCAGGGCCUUCAUUCUUCUGUUUCCCUUCAAAAAGGAAGAACAAGAAAAGGAAAUUCUUGGCACAGUUGCACUCUUGGUCCAUGAACAGAUUGAGAGCUGCCCUUAACUCACGGUGACGAAAAAUGCAUCAAGUUGCAUAAGAACAUCUUUUGUAAUCUUAGCUAUAGAACUUCCUUUCCAGCAAAUGGGUAUGUUAUUUUCGCAGGUGAGGGUCUUGUCUCUGAAGCAGCGCCCCCCCCCCACCUUUUUGUAUUAAAGGGGUAUGUAAAGUUUCCAUGACAAUAAUGAUGAAGAUGUCUAAAAUACCUCUCUGACUGUAGCACCUCCUUCACUCCAGUGGCUGCUCGCUAGGAUGGCUCUUCUCUGUCCCUGGCGCCCUGGACACUCAUUAACUUUAGACUUUGGCGUCUCCCAUCCUGUAAGCCUCAGUCUCUUUGCCAGUCCUCCUUCCUCUAUAACCAAAUGGCACAACCUUGGAAAUACCUUCCCAUAUAUAAGAAAUAUAAGCCUUUAGCUUGACUCUGAUUCAGAGGCUCUGUCCCUGGAGGCUUAGCCUCCAAACUGGAGAGAAGGGACUUGGGCUCCUUAGGAAUUUCAUCUGUUUGGGCUCUUGAGAUAAGAUUCUACCUAGUACUCCUUCAUAGAAGCACCCCUUCCCACCAGGCGCUCACUCUGGCCUCCUCCUCUUCAGUCAUCAAAUCCUGGGCUCUGACACUUCCUGCCCUCUAUUUCAUGAAUCCGUCUAUCUCCAAGCAGCUCUAGCCAGUCCCUGCUGAUGGUUUCAAGAAGUCAGAAAGUCCAAGAAGGACUGGAGAGAGGCUUAGUGGUUAAGAGCACUGGCUGCUCCCAAAGAGGACCCUGGGCUCUGUUCCCAGUACCCAUCAGUUGUCAGCUAACAGCUGUCCAUAAUUUCAGUUCCAGAGGGUCCA